AUGAAGUUGAAAGUACCCAAUCCGGGGCUGGACGACAGGAUAUUGUCCCAUCAACAGCUGGACAAGCUGGAGAAGGAAGAGGCUGGAGACAGACCUAAAUGGGACAACAAAGCUCAGUACAUGCUGACAUGUGUGGGGUUCUGUGUGGGGCUGGGGAAUGUUUGGCGUUUCCCCUAUCUGUGUCAGAGCCAUGGAGGAGGUGCAUUUAUGAUACCAUUUCUAAUCCUGCUGGUCCUUGAAGGAAUCCCACUUUUACAUCUUGAAUUUGCCAUUGGUCAGCGUUUAAGAAAGGGGAGUUUGGGCGUGUGGUCUUCAAUUCAUCCUUAUUUGACUGGCAUUGGUAUUGCAUCCAUGUGUGUUUCUCUGACAAUCAGCCUCUACUACAACACCAUUAUUGCUUGGAUUAUGUGGUACUUCUUCAACUCAUUUCAGGAGCCUCUGCCUUUCAGUCAAUGUCCCAUGAAUGCAAAUUUAACAGGCAUUAUCUCAGAGUGUGAGAGGAGCUCCCCUGUGGAUUAUUUCUGGUACAGGGAGACCCUGAACACAACUCCAACAAUGGAAGAGGACGGCAGUCUGCAGUGGUGGAUACUGAUUUGUCAUAUUUGUGCAUGGUCUGUGCUUUAUAUCUGCAUCAUUCGUGGUAUAGAGACUACGGGGAAGGCUGUGUAUGUGACUUCAACGCUUCCCUAUGUGGUGCUGACAAUAUUUCUGAUCAGAGGAUUAACCCUGAAGGGGUCUGUUAAUGGAGUCAAAUUUCUCUUCACACCAAAUCUGACAGAACUGGCAAAGCCAACAACGUGGCUUGAUGCAGGUGCUCAAGUUUUCUAUUCUUUCUCUCUGGCUUUUGGUGGUCUUAUUUCCUUCUCCAGCUAUAACUCAGUCCAUAACAACUGUGAACAGGAUGCAGUGAUUAUCUCCAUCAUAAAUGGCAUCACCUCCGUCUUUGCUGCCACUGUCAUCUACACAAUUAUCGGCUUCAGAGCAACAAAGAGAUUUGACAACUGUCUCUCUGGAAACAUCAUAGCAUUGUUAAAUGCUUUCGAUAUUGCAGAGGGUGACAUCACUGAAAGCAAUUAUAACCAGGUUGUUGGACAUUACAAUGAAACAUUCCCUGGGGUUAUUCAAGAGCUGAAUCUAGAGACCUGUAACUUGGAUACAUUUCUAAGUGAGGGAGUUGAAGGAACAGGUUUAGCCUUCAUUGUUUUCACUGAGGCUAUCACCCAGAUGCCCAUCUCUCCUUUGUGGGCUAUCCUUUUCUUCAUAAUGCUCUUCUGUCUUGGCCUGUCAUCUAUGUUUGGGAAUAUUGAGGGAGUACUGGUGCCGCUGCAGGACCUCAAAGUUUUCCCAAAGUCAUGGCCAAAAGAGGCUGUCUCUGGUGUAACUUGUGUGCUCUGCUGUCUGGUGGGUCUGAUAUUUGUCCAAGGAUCUGGGAACUAUUGGCUUUCACUCUUUGACACCUAUGGCGGAUCUAUCCCUCUGCUUGUUGUUGCAUUCUGUGAGAUGGUCUCUGUGGUUUACAUAUAUGGAAUAGACAGGUUCAACGAUGAUAUUAAGUUCAUGAUUGGACACAAACCCAACUUUUUCUGGCAGGCAUCAUGGAGGGUCAUCAGUCCACUCAUUAUGUUUUUCAUCUUGGUGUUUUAUUUUGUAACAAAGGUUACUGAAGAGAUAUUUUACAAAGCCUGGGACCCAGAAUCGGAGAAAUUCCCUACACUGGAAGAAAAGCCAUAUCCAGUUUGGGUCUAUGUGAUCAUCUUUAUAUUGGCUGGGAUUCCCAGUCUUGCUGUGCCGUUCAUUGCAGUCUGUAAAUGUUUAAAGACAAAGAAGAAGAAUGAGUCACACUUCUCUGACAACAUACAAAUGGACAAUACGAUCACCAAAUCCCAAGCCUUGUCACAGAAUCCCUGAUUUUCUCUCUUUCUUAUAUCAAGAAUAUCUAAAACUUGCUUUAAUGUUUUGAAACUUGCACAUUUCAAACAUAGUAUAACUUUCUGCACAGGGUCUCAGCCAGUAAGCGUGUGUAAAGCUUUCAUAUCUUAGCUGGGAAUCAGGUAUCUUUGAAUGGAUUCAAAAGAUUUAUUUGAAUCAUGCAUGCAUGAUUGUUUUUUAAAACUUAUUUUCUGCUUUACUGCUAAUCUAUUUCCUUUUUGACAUUUUUCUUCUCGGAUGUAUACAGGCUCACCCCACUGUAACAUUUAUUGUCAUUUUGCCUUUUUAUGAACUUAAAUUCUGGGUAGUUUCAAACGAGUUUGUAGACAUUAAAAGUAGAUAAACCUUUAGAAUUCCUACACACUUUUAAACAUCAAAAUUAAGUCUUUUAAAGACCUGAACUGAGAAAAAUUAACACCACUUUUGACGUGGUAAACGCUCAAAAGUGAAAGGCAAGAGAUAUUUCUCAGUAGACCAGACCAGGGCCAGUUUUCCUGAUUCAAUGUCCUGUUUAUUAAAUGUCAAAUGAUAACAGGACAAAAGAUGUUUUUUGGUUAUAAUUACCAAUGAAUAUAAUCAGUUAAAAAGCAGAACAAUGUUUUUUUUUCAUGGAAGACCCGUCAAAGAUUUUUAAGUGGGCAACCUUCCCAGACGUUAGAGGAUUUCAGAACAGUACAGAGAAUAUUAAAUCACAGUGAGGCAGAUAAAACCAGGCAGGGGUCCCCCAAGAAAAUUUAGACCAUCCAACACUGAAUUUAGGAGAAUAUUAAUAACACAGUUUGUGGAGGAAGAUGAUUAAAAUCAUUUAAAGUUGGCUAGAAAAUAAAGAUUAGAUAAGGACAUGUCUCAGUCAAAGUGCCUUCUAAAAUGUAAUUAUAUGACCUCUCACUAGAAAAAAUACUGACGUUUUAAGGCCUUAAAUUUCAUAUGUGCAAUUUAAGACAAUUUAAGACUUUUCAAGAAUCUGCAGGAACCCUGAUCUGGUAAAUACAGACUCUUAAAAUAACAAUGAAAGACUGAGUAGAUAGGCCUAUCAUGGGUUUCUCAUUCAGCAAAGGGAAAUGUGAUUUGAUGAAAUGAAUCUAGCAUACUAUUAUCCAGUUUCAUUUUGAGAUUAAAAAGAGGGUCGUGCCUUGGAUGAAGUAGAAGUACCAAAAUUUAUCCAGCAGGGGUCACUAUUGUCUAAAAAAUCUGGUGAUUUUGAGGCGUGAUUUAAUUAUCCACUCAAGGAGCUGCAUGCUUUUGUGUUAAAUUGUUUCUGCAUGUCUUUUACUUCUGUGACACAAUUAAUCUAUUUUCAUUAAUAACUUAACCAAGAUUGCAACUAAAAACAUUUUGUCUUUUACAUAUAUGCAUCACAUGAUCGCUGCCUUUAUUCUUUAAUAACCAUUUCUACUCCUUUCACCACCAACCACCAAAACUCUACUUUGAGGUUAUUGGUAAUAUUGCACAGUAGCAAUAAAACUUAACAAAAAGUAGCAAAUAUUAAACUAAAGUUGGGGGGCCAGUGGCUUAGCAGUGAGUAUGUGCUCCUGUGAGCAGAAAUAGAAGCAAGUGGACUGUGCCUCCAAUCCCGCAUUAUAUUCUCCAUUCCCUCUCUCAUUGAUUUUUUUCUCUCUGUCCACUGUCCUGUCUCUCAAAUAAAGGCAUAGAGUCCAAAAAUGAA